UUUGCCGUGUCGUCUACUCAAAUAUAUCACCAACAACAAUUCAUUUCACCGCAACACACCUGAUAUCGGAAAUGCGCUAUAACGAGGUGUCGAGCGACACUAUCAAGAUCUAUUUUAACCUGUGCUGACGCUGCCAUUUUUCGGUAUUACACCUGAUAGUACAUAGGAACGCACGUGUACACAGGUCACGGACUCUGAAGGUAGAUCUACACGGGAACCAGUUUCAGUCGGAGAUCUCCGGAUCGCGGUCACGUUACCCCUGCCUAGAAACAACCUCGGCCGGAAACAACCUUAUAACUCGCUGCAACGGUAACCUAACAUGCCGGGGAUAAAACGUAAGGCAUCACGUGCCUCGCCUUAUGAACCGGUCAGUAAACUGACCAAACAGCGAACGUCCACUACAGUUAAACCUGUCAGGGAGAAAUCCACCAUGGCAUACGAGGAUGAAGUCCGGGGACGCCACGGGGGAGGGGCCAUCAAUAAGGAUCUGGAGGGACUGUUCGGGACGCUGACAGAUGACACUGACCCGCCUGGGCUGACAUUAAAGCAAGUCCCCUCUAAGUCCUUGUUUGAAACCAAGACAGGCAUCCAAAAGGCGAGACUGAAAGCAGCUGUGAAGGCGGAGAUCAAGGGCUCUGAGAAAACCAAACGUAAAGCAAAAAAGAAAUCAAUAGGAGGAAACACGAGUACUAUGUUUCAUUUGGUAAAGAUCAACAUAUCAAAGAAGUUCCUACGUGAAAAUGUAAGCGACAGGGACUUCAAAUUCUCCAACGACGAUGGCUGCGAAGAUCCCUUGCUGAACGACAUGAACUGGACGGACUGGAAGCGCGCUAUCUACCCCGUCAAGACUAAGCUCCACUCACCACUACCCACGUCUUUUCGCUUCAUUAAACGAAUAUUCAGAGGUGCUAACGGAUACGUGAUGGCAGACCUAUUCGACUGGAAGCACAACAUUAUGGCUAUCUACGAACUCGGCGUACGACCUCCUGCAACCAAUCGCAUCUACGCGACGCUGUUUACAUCUUCAAAGGGGUUUAUGAACCAUGAAAGAUGGGAUUCAGUCCUGUUGAAGAACAAACGCGUGUUCCAGGCGGUGAGCAGUGUUGUGGCACGAGGAGGACAGAUCUUUGUCAGGCGAGCUGUGUACCCUCCAGGCAAUAACAUUUGGUUCCCGUAUACUAUCAAGCGCAUCGACGAAAUAUUUGACUAUGCCUGGAACAGGCCCGACCUAGUGGGUGAAAAUUUCAGAACCAUUGAAAAAGACAGUUUUCUCAUCAGGGGUAUCGAAAUGCUUCCGAAGACUCCAAAGAAGAAGACGACAAUCAAGAAUACUGUCAUCUCUAAGGGUAAACGCGCUUCAAAAAUGGCAAAAACAGAUGAUGUAAUGAAAUCAAAGACCAAAACCAAAACCACUAAAGCGGCAGCUAAGAAAGCCCAACCAACUGAAAAGACAAAAACACCCACUAAAAAGGUCAAACCAACUGAGAAGACAAAAACACCCACUAAAAAGGCCAAACCAACUGAGAAGACAAAAACACCCACUGAAAAGGCCAAACCAACUGAGAAGACAAAAACACCCACUAAAAAGGCCAAACCAACUGAGAAGACAAAAACACCCACUGAAAAGGCCAAACCAUCUAAGGAGACAAAAGCAUCCGCAAAAAAGAAUGGUUAAAGGUAGCUACAUAUACUUAAUAAUACUUGAAUACUGUUCAACUGUCAUGUUAUUUUGAUAUUACUUGAACAACUAACUGGGAAACUAUAGCUAUCACCAGCACCUUCAUCAGCAUCUUCACCAACAUACUGGAUGUUCACAGAGGAAUACAUCGCCAUAUGGACGAGACGCGAUUGUGCUAAAUAACAUUUUAAUGAUAUAAACAUGAUUUAAAAUGCAAAAGUUUAAAAACAACAACAACACGAUUCUUGAAAAUUAUUGUCAGUUGGAAUUUAAUAAAAAGACUGAAGCAUGUAACAAAAAUAACAUAAAUAAGUAAACACAGUCUGUGAAGUCUUUGAUGAGCGGUUACAUGAACCAAGAAAUUAAAAAACCCGCUUUAGUGAAAACAUAGCUGGCAUCUCCAGAUGAACGAGUGCUUGAGUGAAAACAUGACUGGCAUGUCCAGGUGAUCGAGUGCUUUAGAGACAAAAUAGCUGGCAUGUCCAGAUGAACGAGUGCUUGAGUGACAAAAUAGCUGACAUGUCCAGAUGAAAGAGUGCUUUAGUGAAAACAUGACUGGCAUGUCCAGGUGAUCGAGUGCUUUAGAGACAAAAUAGCUGGCAUGUCCAGAUGAACGAGUGCUUUAGUGAAAACAUAGCCGGCGUGUCCUGGUGAUCGAGUACUUUUGUGAAAACAUGACUGACAUGUCCAGGUGAACGAGUGCUUUAGUGAAAACAUAGCUGGCGUAUCCAGGUGAACGAGUGCUUUUGUGAAAACAUGACUGACAUGUCCAGAUGAUCGAGUGCUUUAGUGAAAACAUAGCCGGCGUAUCCAGGUGACCGAGUACUUUUGUGAAAACAUAGCUGGCAUGUCCAGGUGAACGAGUGCUUUAGUGAAAACAUAGCUGGCGUGUCCAGGUGAACGAGUGCUUUAGUGAAAACAUGAGUGGCGUGUCCAGGUGAACGAGUGCUUUAGUGAAAACAUGAGUGGCA